GUCGCCCAUUGCACGCUGGGUAAUACGUCUGCCAUCUUGACUGGCAUGGUCUUUACACUAAAGUGCGUUGACGAUGAGAAAUGGCGAUAAUUAGUGAAAAUAUUAGUGUUUUGUGUUGCACUAUCUGUUGAAUAUAAAUAUUAAACGUUUUAUAAAUCAUAAAAAAUAGCGAGUAAAAAUGGACGCGGUUAAGGCAUUUAAUGCGGAGCUCUCCGCACUCUACGAUGUUAAGCCGCCGAUAUCCAAGGCGAAGAUGAAUUCCCUGACGAGAGGUGCGAUAAAAGCCAUCAAAUUUUACAAGCACGUUGUACAGAGUGUAGAGAAAUUUAUCCAAAAAUGCAAGCCAGAGUACAAAGUACCGGGUCUGUAUGUGAUAGACUCGAUAGUACGACAGUCUAGACACCAGUUUGGGGUUGAGAAGGAUGUAUUUGCGCCGAGAUUUGCCAAAAAUAUGCAAACAACGUUUUUAAAUUUAUUGAAAUGCCCGCCGGAGGACAAAAGCAAGGUGAUACGUGUGCUAAAUUUAUGGCAGAAGAAUUCAGUAUUUCAACCUGAAGUAAUUCAACCGCUGUUUGAUCUCGCUGAUCCAAAUCAUCCUAUUCACAAAGAGCAGGCGAUUAAUUCAAACGGAGCGUUGAAUGCCACUGGUAAUAAUUUAAGCAACCUUGGUUCUAUUACUAAAACUCCACCGGGUGGUAAAAACCCACCCAAAGACCAAAAAAUGUUUAACACUAAAACUAUUGACCCUGCAUGGUUGGCACAGACUAAAUUAGAGACUGCCAAUAUGGUUAAUGCUAAUAAAUUACUCGGACAGUCGGGUGCUAAUCAAGUUGAUGCCUCAUUUUUAGAUCAACUUCAACAUCUUCAACAAUUGCUAUUGAAGAAACAAGAAGCUUCAAAUGAUACUCCAAGUUCUGUUAAAUUUGACAAAAAGCUAUUAGAUUUUGACUACGGCGAAGAGGAAGACGAUGAUGUUAUGAUGGCUAGUUCUCCAGCAGCAGCGGUUACUGCUGGUAAUCAGCACAAUGCAGUCACUAGUGGUAAUUUAGAGAGUCUUGGACUAUUGCUGACUAAUCCAGAGGUUUUAAGACAAUUGCAGACGUUGCAGCAGACAAUGCAAGGCAACGUGGCCUCGGCUCAGCUUGAGAUGGAAGAAAAGAUGCGCAAACUUCAGCAGAUGAAACAGCAAGAAGAUGAGUUUGAUAAACAUCUCGCUCAGACCGUACCGAAUCUUCCAUUUGCCUCGGAGUGUGAACUGAAACCUUCUGACGUUAUCAAACCAACUCAACAUAACACUUAUAGUAACGUAUCGAAUUUAAUGCAGCAGGAUAUGAGUCAGCCACCGCCAGGUUAUCCGCCGGCUUUUGUUUCUCAAUCAACUUCAGCACUAAGACAGCCGAUUCAUUCAAAUCAAAAGAGUCCGCUGAUAGAUGAACGACAAGACUCCCAGGAUUAUCAGUCGGCACAAACGAGACGUGAUAGCAGCAGCGUAGAAAUAGUAAAUCUAGACUCUGUGAGAUCUCAGAGCCGAUCGCCGGAUCGUUUUCGACGUCACAGCAGGUCCAGGUCACCUCGUCAUCGCGGGCGAGAUCGGGAGAGAAAAUCACGGUCGAGAAGCCGGUCGCGAAGGCAAAGAUCCCGAUCGCGCGAACGUAAGCGUGAAGAAAUCCGGGUUAAAAAUACUGAGGAGGAGAGAGAAAAAGAACGCGAGCGAAGAAAACGCGGAUUGCCACCAAUCGUGAGGGAAAAAAUGAGUGUGUGCAGUACGACACUUUGGGUUGGGCAUCUGUCUAAGCUCGUACAUCAAGAAGAAUUAUCUGAUACCUUUGGCGAAUUUGGUGACAUCGUCAGCAUCGACUUAAUUUCACCAAGAGGCUGUGCUUUUAUCUGUAUGAACAGACGACAGGACGCUCAUCGGGCUCUGACUAAACUCAAGAGCCACAAGAUGCAGGGCAAAGCUAUCACUUUAGCUUGGGCACCUGGCAAAGGUGUCAAGGGCAAAGAAUGGAAAGACUACUGGGAAGUUGAGCUCGGUGUUAGCUAUAUUCCUUGGAAUAAAUUGAAUAAUAUCAGUGAGCAUGAGCUGGAGAUGCUUGAAGAAGGCGGGAUGAUCGAUGAGGAUACGCUGCCUCCAAGACUGAAAGGUAAACUGAAGCACUCAGGAUCGAAUGAAGGAAUGCAAAGUAUUCAAAUGCCAAUCAGCGGCGCUCCAAUUCCAACGUUAACAGAUGGCAUUGUUAAUGUAAUGCCGCCGUCAUCGGGAACUCAACAGCAGCCAAUUAUUGAUACCAGUCAACCCCCACCGAUAAGAGCAACAGCUUCAACUAAUCUGAUGCCACCUACUAGUGCUCAGUUAUCAAUGAUGCCACCGGGAUUCUCUCUGACAGGAGUACCACUCAAUAACACAGGUAUGCUUGGACCUCCAAUGGGUUUACAAAUGCCUCAUGGUUUGAUGCCGAAUGUACCAAUUGGAGUGCCGCCACCAAACAUGCAGGGGCUUUUAGGUCCUCCGGGAAUGAUGCCAUCAAUGCUCACUCCGCCCGUAAACUCACCCUUUGGAGCUGGAGUCGGAGUUGGACUUAUUACUCAAAUACCACUUCCUGCUCCUGCUGCACCCUCAGAUAAAUCAAAUUCGACAGGUAUGCCUCACAAUGUACCGCCAAUGGGUGUCCCUCCUCCAACGGGAGAAACAAAUUUACCAAAUCUUCCAAUGCUCCGGCAACCGUUUGGAGUGGGUCCACCACCACCACCAAUGCAGAUGCCGAUGCAGCCACAGCAUUCAGAAGAUAUGGACGUUGAAAUGGAAGAUGUUAUGCCUCCAAGUACAAUAAAUCCUCCGAAAGAAAAGCCAAACUUGAGUGACCAGUUGCUGGCAGCUAUGAACAAAGGUCCGAGUAUGAAUGACAGAGCAGAUAGUGACCGAGACUUCCGGGAUCGAGAUAGAGACAGAGAUCGUGAGAGAAGAGAUCGAGGUGAUCGUGAUAGAGCUGAUAGAGAGGGAAAUGACAAUCGAAGUGAUCGUGGACGAGAUCGUGGUAGAGGAAGAGACAGAGGUCGUGACCGAAGAAGAGAUGGUCGUGAUCGUGACAGAGAUGACAGACGAGAUCGUGAUCGGGACAUGAGACCACAUGAUGGUCCAAUGCCGUUACCUGGAUCAGGUGUUGGCCUUCUUCAAGAACCAGACAUGGGUCCGAAGAAAGAUAAAAUGAGUCUGGCUGACAGAUUACGACAGCUGGCAGACGGUACUUUGCCGAUGGAUGAUAGAAUGGAUCGUGGAAUGCGAGGAGAUCGUAAUGAUCGUAAUAUGGACAACAGGGGUGACAGACCACCGCCUUUUGAAGAUGUUCCUGGUGGACGUAGACCUGGGGAUGGACCUCCGUCGUUAUUAGAUCUUCCAAAAUUUCCAGGUGUUCCGGGAGAAAGGCCAGACUUUGGACCACGAGGUCCAGAUUUUCGGGGACCUCAAGAUCAUCGUGACUUUCCACGAGGUGAUCGCGAUCGGCCUGGAUUUGGACCUCGAGGUGGUGGUCCCAGAGGCGGACCUAUAGAAGAGUUUCCAGAUCAUAGAAUGCACGGUGGACGUUUUCCAGAUGAUUUCGAUCGACAUGGGCCCGGCGGUCCACGAUCCAAUGACUUUGAUCAUCGUCUAGGCAUGGGAAGAGAUGAAUUUGAUCGUAGUGAGCACCGUGGACGUCAUCCAGUCGAUGAAUAUGAACCAGAUAGACAUGACUUUGACAGACGUCAAAGAGACGGCUUUGAUCCUCGAAUGGGUGGAGAUGGAUUUGAUGCACGAGCCCAUCCAGACCAUCCUGACUUUGAUCCGAGAAGAAGGGACUUCUUUGGACACAUGGAGCCUGGGUUUGGACCACCAAUGGGUCCUCGAGGACCACGAGGUCCAAUGGGACCUGAAGGAUUCGGACCAAGACCAGGAAUGGGGCCCCGAGGCCACGGUCCGCCGAUAUUCCAUCGAGGAAUGGGACCCAGAGGAAUGAGGCCAGGUAUGCGCCCACCAUUUGGUCCACGAGGUCCAUUUGAUCCCCGAGAAGGUGAGACAUUCUUCCGAGGACCAUUUGAUGACAGCCGUGGUCCGCCACCGUCUUCCCACAUGAGACCACCACCGUUCGGUGGACCACCAGGACCUCCAGGUCCACCAGGUCCACCUCUACCUGAUCCCUGGAGAAAUCCAGAUAGCGGACCGCCACCACCACUGCCACCUGUCUGGGCUAACAUGGAAGGUAACAAUGGACACGAACCAGAUGAACACAAUCGUGAAAAUCACGUCAGUCAACGAGACAAAGGGCAUAUGAAUCGUGACAAGCAUCAAGAUCGUGAUCGUGAUCGUGAUCGUGACAGUAGAAAUUCAAGGAACAGAAAAUCUAGAUGGGGAAAUGCAAGUCCAUUGCCACCAGAACAACCUGAAAUCACAAGAUCUCAGCAAGAAACUGAUGACAACAAAAAUACCUUUGAAGAAAAUCGAACUGCUGACGAUGCCAAUCCUAAGGGCGCUGACGAACGGCCGGAUGAACCAACGAUAAAAGAUUUAUCUGAAGAAUUCCAGCCUCCUCCAAAAAAUGUUGAUGAUACUCACGAAAACCCCGAAACGAAUCACGUGCCAUCGACCAAUGAUUCGGAUAAUUUUAAUGAUAAAACCUUUGAAGGACAUGACGCACCUGAGGCUCAUGAGUUUAAUCAACCUAAAGAUUUCCCUCGCGAUCUCGUUGAGGAGGAUCAUCAUCAGCAGCAACAACAUCAGCCUCCAGUUGAACCACAGCAAGAACCACAGCAUCAAUCAUCAGCCGAAGAUAUAAAACCAUCAGAAACCAUGGAGAUUCAAAAUGAGAGUGAUGCGCCAGUGAUAGCAACGGGAGAAACGGUGUAACAAGUUUUUUAAAUACGCUUUUGGGAUGUUGAGAGUGACCAAAAAUGAAAUUUAAAAUCAACCGUGUAAAUUUGUUGAAUUUACACUUUACUUGUGAAUCAAGAUUAUGAAAGAGAAAAAGGAGUGGUGCGGUUGCAGCUUAUUGUAUUCAUUUAAUAUUUUUUUUUAAUCAUCAAAUUUAUUAUUAUUAUUAACUAAUUAAUAUUAAAUAUAUAAAUAUAUAUAAUGAUUACUGAUAUGUUAAUUAAUAGUCUAGUUGGUGCUGUAUUUGUGCCGUUGUAAUUGUAUAUUUUUACUUGACAGUAAAAUUUAAAUAUAAUAUCGAGGUAUUGUCUUUGAAAAUAUUUACAUAUUUUACUCUAUCAUAAGGUAAAAUACCUAGUACUUGAUCACGGGAAGGCAUCAAUUUCCUAGAUUGUUUUGCUGAUGUAUCAAAUGCCGACAAUAUUUUUUCUUAUACUAUAAAUGUUUACUGCUCAGUUGUCUACUAAAAUUUAUUUCCUACGUUUCUAUUGCCUACUUAAAAAUAUUUCAUGAUGUUCAAUUGAUUGCUAUUUAAUUGUGAACCCAAAUCAAACAAAUACCUAAUUAAUGUAGAUAAGCUUCUGAUUUAUUUGCUGAGAAAAUCUUGUACUUUUUGAGGAGAAAUGAUCAAUGGUCAAGACCGAUCACUUGAGAAAAAAGACACAGCUGGUCUAAAUAAUAUCAGAACCUCGGUAGUCUUCACAAUAGUAACUGGAAAACUUGACAGAGUUUUCUAUUAUAAAUUAGUGACCUGAUCAGGUCAUUCCCUGCAUCGACUGAGAUUCAACCCAGUGUCUUAUGGACCGGCGAGUUAUACUAUUGUGAAGACUACCGUAGUUCUGAUAUUUUUCAGAUCAGCUGUGUCUUUUUUUUCAAGUGAUCGGUCUUGACCAUUGAUCAUUUCUCCUCAAGUACAAGAUUUUCUCAGCAAAUUAAUCAGCUUAUCUGCAUAAAUUAGGUACUUCUUUGAUUUGGGUACACAAUUAAAUAGUAAUUAAUUGAAAAUCAUGAAAUAUUUUUAAGUUGGCAAUAAAAUAGUGCAAUAAUUGUAUGCAAUUAAAUUAUAAAUUUUAUAUUUAUCUGAGCGAUAGUACUAAUACAUGAGUGAUAGAGUACUUGGUCUUUUACCUUACAUUCAUUUUUCUAAUUUUCUAAUUUUUUUUAAUUCAUCAAACAAUCAAAAUAUUUUAGUUGUACUUUUAAUUUUAUUAUUUAACAUUCCCGAUUUAUUUAACAAGUUUAUUAAUUUAUAUUUUAGUAGGGUAUUAAUUUUUUUUAGUUAAUAAGAGGAAAAUAAUCAAACUAAAUCAAGUA